AUGCUCUACAAUAGAUACUCGGGUUGUACCUACUGUGUGUAACGUGCUGUGCCAGCCAUGGCAAGGCAUAAAUGCUCUGUCUUGAAGAAACUUACAAAGUGGAAGCAAUAAGACGUAGUUAAAGAGAAUUAUAAGGUGAUUCAACAUGUGGAAAGUGCUGACCGGUGCUAGGCACUGUGUGGUGCGGUGGUGGGGAAGCGAUAUUUCUGCUUGUGGGGAAUCAAGUAAGGCUUCAAAGCUGAGAUGGCAGGUGUCUCUCAGGUCUCUUAAAGAUCCUGUGUGUCUCUAGAACUGUGAAAAAUCAGAACUGAACACUUAGUUCAGAAGCAUUCUAUGCAGCUGAAGAACACAAUGAGACAAUGGGGCAUUCUCUUUGCUUGGGUCCCAGUAGCCUUUUGAAGGUGGUUGUGCAGAUGGAAGGUUGCUGAGAAAGAGGAGAGGAAGGAGACAGGUGGGCUUGAAUUUGCAAGAGGCAGUGUGGUGUUGUGCAAAGAAUACGUUGUCUAUCCUUAGAUCGCAACGAACGAAAUAAACCAGAGCAUCGUUCUUCAAGCCAAGGACCUUUGUCAUCCAUUAGAGCGGUAAUCAAGAGAUCACUCAUGAAUAGUGCACAGCCAAAAUGCCCCGUGGAAGAGCUUCUCGGACUUCUUUUCAGAGUGAGCUUCAUCGAGAUAGGAGGCGCCCAGAGAUCACCAUCGUGGCAGCUGAGCCCCUGAGGCCGGCCUCGUGGUUCCCAGGAGCCCCACCCCCGGGACUGGGAUUUCCCCCAUCUUCUGCAGCAGGUCCUUGGAGGCCCAGUGAGCUGGUUCCUGCUGAGCUCCCACCAUCUUAUGAACAAGUCAUAAAAGAAAUCAACCAAGUUCAAGUGAAUACUACGAAUAAUAAUGCUGCUGCCACUCCAAGGCACACAAUUACUUCUGCAACUCAGACUGACUUUCCAGAAGAAAUAGACAACCAGCUGCCUCAAAGUAAUGCAACACUACAGGCACCUCUCAAGCCUCUCCAGCCUUCCCCGGUGGUCUCGGCCAGUGAUCUUCCAACAAAUGUUGCACCUUUAAUAGUCUUUGAUACUUCAGAGGAACAGAACUGUCCAGAGAACUCCAGUGCUACAAGAUGUCCAGUGCCAAGACCAAGAUCAAAAGCCAACCUCAGACCUGUAGCCAGAGACAGUCACAUUAAAGAGCAAAAUCACCAGAAAACCAGCCCCACAGCCACAGACAAGGAGUCCUCGCUGAGCCAGCCCCAGUCUUUGUUGGAUAGUACCAACAACUUGGAUAGUCAGGCAGUGAUGAACAUUAUGAACACAGAACGAAGCCAAAAUAGUGUCGUUUCAAGAAUCAAAGCAUUUGAGGGCCAGACAAAUAAAGAAACCUCGGGACCACCCGUGAAACCAGAAAUCGCUCCCCGCACACUGCCCCCCAGGCCUGCUCUUCCCUCAGGGAAACCCUCAGUGGCUCCCAAGCCAGCUGCCAACCGAGCUUCUGGAGAGUGGGACUCCUGGACUGAAAACAGACUCAAGGUGGCCCCCAGGGAAGGGCUCACCCCACAGUCUACACCACAAGAAGUAGGGAGCAUCCCAGUAACCAAACCUGAAUUGCCAAAGAAACCAAAUGCUGGCCUUACACGAAGUAUUAAUCAUGAGAUUCUGGGAGGAGGGCCCAUGGCUGAGAGCCCUGACGGUGGGAAGAAAGUCCCAACCCCUGCUCCUCGGCCUUUGUUGCCGAAGAAAUCCGUCUCCUUAGAAAUCCCCAACUCUACAGCUUUGCUGAAACCGGUCACCGUUCCUCCCCGACUCUCAGUGGCGUCACAGGCCAAAGCAUUCAGGUCACUGGGAGAAGGGCCCCUGGCCGUCUCCCCGGCUGCAGCUCAGCAAAGCAAGCCUCCAGGGGACAUUGACCUCAUCAGUUUUGAUGAUGAUGUUUUACCCACACCAGCUGGGAACCUGGUUGAAGAAUCUCUUGGUUCAGAGAUAGUUCUAGAUCCCUUUCAGCUCCCCAUAAAAACAGAACCAACAAAGGAACGAGCAGUUCAACCAGCACCCACCAGGAAGCCCACUGUGAUUCGAAUUCCAGCCAAACCAGGAAAAUGUUUACAUGAGGAUCCACAAAGCCCACCUCCUCUCCCUAUUGAAAAACCUAUUGGAAAUACUUGCAGUACAGUGUCUGGAAAGCUCAGUACUGUUGACAGAACUAGAAACUUGGAAUCUGACCACACGGGUCAAACAGGAGGCUCUGUGCGGGGACCCCCAAGGUUGCCACCAAGACCUGUAAAUGGAAAAGCGAUACCAGCUCGACAACCUCCUCACAGGGGAGCCCCUGAGAGACCACCUCCCCCCAAACUUUCUGCAACCAGAGCAUCCAGUAAAAAACUGCCUUUUAAUCGGUCUUCUUCUGACAUGGAUCUUCAGAAAAAGCAAAGUAACUUGGCAUCUGGACUCUCUAAAGCCAAGAGUCAAGUAUUUAGAACUCAAGAUCCGGUGCUGCCCCCUCGCCCCAAACCAGGACACCCUCUCUACAGGAAAUACAUGCUGUCUGUGCCUCAUGGAAUUGCCAAUGAAGACAUUGUCUCCCAAAACCCUGGAGAACUCUCCUGUAAGCGUGGGGACGUACUUGUGAUGCUGAAGCAGGCAGAAAAUAAUUACUUGGAAUGCCAAAAGGGAGAAGAUACUGGCAGAGUUCACCUGUCUCAGAUAAAGAUUAUCACUCCACUUGAUGAACAUCUUAGAAGCAGACCAAAUGAUCCGAACCAUGCCCAGAAGCCUGUUGACAGUAGUGCCCCUCAUGCUGUUGUUCUUCAUGAUUUUCCAGCAGAGCAAGCUGAUGACUUGCACCUCACUUCUGGAGAAAUUGUUUAUCUUCUGGAAAAAAUAGACCCAGAUUGGUAUAGAGGGAGAUGUAGAAACCAGACUGGCAUAUUUCCUGCCAACUACGUCAGAGUAAUUGUUGAUGUUCCAGAAGGAGGAAAUGGGAAAAGAGAAUCUGUUUCAUCUCACUGUGUUAAGGGCCCAAGAUGUGUCGCUCGGUUUGAAUAUAUUGGAGACCAGAAGGAUGAGUUAAGCUUCUCAGAGGGAGAAAUUAUUAUUCUUAAAGAGUAUGUGAGUGAAGAAUGGGCCAGAGGAGAACUUCGAGACAGAAUUGGGAUUUUUCCCCUUAAUUUUGUAGAACUUGUGGAGGACCAUCCCAUCUCUGGAACAAAUGUUUUCAGCACAAAGGUACCACCUAAGACCAAAAAAGAAGAUUCUGGUGUAAAUUCUCAGGAUACUAGUCUUUCCGGAGAAUGGUGUGAAGCCCUUCACAGUUUUACAGCAGAGACCAGUGAUGACUUAUCCUUCCGGAGGGGAGACCGAAUCCUGAUCCUUGAGCGUGUGGACGCUGACUGGUACAAGGGCAGACUGCGGGACAGGGAGGGGAUCUUCCCAGCAGUCUUCGUGCGGCCCUGCCCAGCAGAGGCAAAAAGUAUGUCUGCUUUGGCAUUGAAGGGGAAGAAGGCCAAAGCCUUGUAUGAUUUCCAUGGGGAGAAUGAAGAUGAACUUUCUUUCAAGGCUGGAGACAUCAUAACAGAGCUGGAAUCUGUAGAUGAUGACUGGAUGAGUGGAGAACUAAUGGGAAAAUCUGGAAUAUUUCCCAAAAACUACGUUCAGUUUUUACAAGUCAGCUAAAGGUGAAGAAUGACUGUGUUCUUUGGCACAAGCACUCACUUGAACUCUUACUUUGACUAUCAGAUACGUUUUUGCACUAUUUUUGUAAACUGAAAUAUCUGUGCUCUACAUGGUACACUAGAAUUUUCUGAAAGCAGAAUAUGUCCAGGUUCUGUAGUCCGCUUUCAUUCACAGUAGAAACAUGCACAUGGAAACCUGUGAACCACCCUGGUAUCCUGCCAGGGUGGACGUCUGGUGGGAUCAGCAAGGCGGGUACCCACUUCCCCCAGGGAAAGCGUCAGGUGGCGUGGCGGCGUGGGGAGGCUUAUGAGCAGAGGUUGCACUUGGACAUCUAGACCUCAACACCAGGAAAUUAACCAUGCUUCUUCAUUUUUCACUUUAGUUUAAAAAGAGGACGUUUGAUAAUUUGAUAUUCUCUGUGCUGUAACUGUCAGGACAUGGUUGGUAAUCUAAAUUUCAUUUUUGACAUUCAAAUUCGUUCUAACCAUUUAAGCCCAUUAUCCUUAUUACCAGGGCAAAUCUUUGCUUCUGGUGGGGCAGUUUAUUAACUAGCUGGAGCCUUUAUAAGCACUUGGUAAAUCAGCCCGUGCUUAUCAAAUGCUUCUUUUGUUCCUAAGUAUUUUUCCCUUUGUCCAAGGAUUUAAAGGGGGUUAGAAUUUGAUGUAUCUUAGUCAAAAGAACCCAAACCAUCCUGAAACGCCUUGCUAAUACAACUAACCCUUCCACACACCGGCCACACCUUCUUUCUUCCACGUAUACUUCAUGCUAACAGGGUUAUUAUAAAGCACAUUUUCUGAAUCUGCAAUCAUUCUUUUGACAAUUACUGGUACCCAAAGAGAAAUUCAUUUUCUUUGUGUUACCCCAGUAAUACAUAAAAACCUGUGUCUUGUUAUACUGGUACAUUAUGAAUCACAUAUAUCUCAGAAUACAGAGCAACUAUUAAGACAGAAAACACCAAACCCCCACAGCUCGUUUCUUCCUUAUAAUCAGAAUGAAAAAUAACUGAAGGAGAUCCAAGGCUGAUACUUCUUUGGGUUUUUGUCCCCAGUUUAUUCCUGUGCAAAUUAUUAGAGUAAAUUAAAAAACCACUUUCCUGCUAUCCAUUUGUUAUGCAUUCCAGACUUAAGAUAAAAGUGGUUCUUUAUGUGAUUGAAUCAAUUACAGUUUAUGGGCUUAAGCCAAAUAGGUCGAAGACAAUCUUCCAAACAGAUCAAUGGAAUGGAAUUUCAUUGGAAAUGUAAAACAUUUCCCCAACAGCCCUCCCAGUUUUCUUCCAUUUUUGAGAAGAGUUUCAUAUGCUUGGUCACUUUUUAGCUUUUGUCAUUGUUUCCCACUGUCCAAAAAGUUUGGCAGCCAGUUUUCAACAAUUAUUUGAACACCCUGUGGGGUUCUGUAAGGGAGGAGAUACUUACUUUGUCUUUGAUAGAACUUCAUUUUUCAGUUACAUGGUUAUCAUUGAUUUUGGAGUAUGGGAGCUGUUUUUCAUACAUUUUGGUUAGAGGACAUUAUAAAGAAAACUUGUCAAAUCUCACAUAAGAGUAAUUUCAUGAGAAAUGAAUGACUUAGAGUAUUGUCUCAAGUAAAGUCUUAUUUGCAGUAAGGUGCACAACCGCUGGAAGUGGGGGAUGUGUCUGGAAUAGUACAUGAGGUAUAUUAUUUUUGCCUAUAAUUGUGACAUCAUAUAUCAAAGAUCGUGAAAGCCUAGCUUUAUUGGAGAAAAAUAUCCCUCUUAAAUUUUGGCCUUGUGUUAGCAGAAUGAUAAGUGCAAUAGUUGUAAAUCUACUUGACACUAUAAUAAACUGAACUGAACUUUUCAAAGUC